UUCGAACCUUCUCUUUAAAAUUUCUUCACAAGUUACUUUUAAAAAUCAAGAUGACUUAAGCUAAUUAUUUUGAAAUACUAGGUUUUGAAUCCGUGGAGAAAUUUCUUCAAAUUUGUGUCGAAGCAUGGAAAUUACAAAAAUAUUGCAAGGAUUAUGCCUAGUGAUUUUUUGUUUGAUUAUGCUAAAUGACAAAGUUGUAAUUGGAGAGGGUGAAACCAUGGUUAAUUUAACUAUUCUUGAAAGUGCAGUGUCAAAAGGAGCUGUUUGCUUGGAUGGGACUCCUCCAGCAUACUAUUAUGAAAAGGGACAUGGAGAAGGCGCUAAUAAUUGGAUUAUCUACUUUAGGGGUGGAGAAUGGUGUUAUAAUGUAAUAGAUUGUGUUGCUCGUACAACAACAGAAAAAGGUUCUUCAAAAUAUGCUCCAAAGCAAAGAUCAUUUUAUGGAAUACUUAGCAAUAAUAAGACAAUUAAUCCAGAUUUCUACAAUUGGAAUAGAGUUAUGGUUAUUUAUUGUGAUGGAUCAUCCUUCACGGGAGAUGUUGAAUUAGUUGAUCCGAUUACUAAACUUCAUUUUAGAGGUGCAAGGAUUUUUCUUGCGUUGAUUGAGAAUUUCUUGGAGAAAGGAAUGAAGAAUGCUAAAAAUGCCAUUUUAAGUGGUGGUUCAGCUGGAGGAUUGCCUGCUUUAAUCCAUUGUGAUCGUUUUAAAGCUCUUCUUCCUAACUCAGCUAGAGUUAAGUGUCUUGCUGAUGGUAGCUAUUUUCUCCACAGGGAACAAAUGAAGGAAAUGGCAUUCAUGGAUACCGUUAAUGAAGGACUGAUCAAAUUACAUAAUUCAACCAAUAUGUUACCAUCAUCUUGUACUUCAAAAAUGAACCCAUCCUUGUGCCUUUUUCCACAAUAUUUUCAAGAAGGAAUCAAGACACCAUUUUUCAUAGUCAACUCAAUGUUUGAUACAUUUCAGAUAAACAAGACUUUUCCUGGUUAUUAUGAAAAUCUUUUUAGUAAUACAUGCUCAACUUCUCUUGUUAAAACUUUACAAGAUUUCAAACAAGAUUUUAUAAAUGCGUUACCUAAACAAAGUAAUUCUUCAUCAAGAGGAAUGUUUAUUGACUCUUGUUUGAUUCAUUCUCAAAUAACAAGUGGUGUUGGUUGGAAUGGAUUCUCCGUAUAUAAUAAGACAAUUGCAAAGGCAUUUAGUGAUUGGUACUUCGAUAGGAGUCAUGAACAAUUGAUAGACAAGCCAGAUUUGCCAUUAAAUUGUUACAAUUUUCCCUCUAUUACAAAUUUUUGCCCCUAAAACAUGUACAAAAAAGACUCAAAUAUAUAUGUAUUAUUAUUUUUAGAAGAUGCAAUUAAUUUAUGGAUUUAGUUUUAUGAACUUUUGUGUAAUUUUAAACUCUUGCCCAAUGUUGGGAACACAAUGUUUGGAUGGUUAUUGCAUAUUGUUU